CCAGUUUCUGUGAAGCACUCGGAAGACCGCAAUCGGGACAGUGCAUGCAGUGAGUCGAUCAGUAGAGCAUUCCGCUCUCAGUUUCGCAUUUUGUGCAUCGACCUGCGCCGUACAGAGACCACACAGCAAUGACGCUCCCGUGUAAGGGGGAUUUGCGCAUCUUGCUCGUCUCACAAAGGAAAUGGUGCGAGCGAAAGAGGACAUCCUGCACACACAUGCACGAUGCAGCAGAAUAUCUUUGCUCAUCGCUUCUCGCCCUUACCCUGCGUACGUCGACCGGCCACGUGAUGUCGACGCCAUAGUUGGAGACUAUCUCCUCACCUGCACAGGCAAGAGCGGCAGACAUGAAUGGCACCGCACGUGUGUGGGUGACAUACACACAUACCUGUGCGGAUGUCCUUGGUGGUUGUGUAGGUCACGAGGGUGCCUUCGGUUGGUGCAUAAGACACCGACACAUUGGGUGCACACGAAUGGUUGAUCAGGCUCGCCACGGCAUACAUGCCUCCUCCUCCCUUGGUCGCUGCCCCCUGUGCAGGCCCAUGAGCACCGUCAAUAUGACACAGGUUGAACAAAUUGCUCUUGACAGUGGCCACAAGACACUGAUAUAGCUCCACCGGCAGUUGACGUUCCCCUUCGCCAAUGCCCAAGUGGUCGAGGACCUGCCGGUACUGCGACAGGAUGGGCUGCAUCUGCACAUUCAUGGCGAGUUGCUCCAUUCCGUAGGGAAGCAGACCCUCGAGAGAGGCGGCCAAAGCAGACGCCAGGCUGGCCCCAUCUCUUCGCUGCGAUACGAGGGCCCUCCAGAGAACCCGACAGACCAACCGUCCCUCCUGGCCAUUCAACAAUAAUGCGGCCGUAUCGUUCUGCGUGGGCUCUAGGAAGUCCACCGGUGCCCUAUCAUCGCCGCCAUCAUCCAUCGCUGCAUCUGCGCCAACGUAAGAGCCGACGCCCCUGACAGAGAUGCGCUUCCAUGCAGACGAUGCCCGCAGGCUCCCAUACACCCUCCGCCGCUCCCGCGAGAAUCUCCCCGUGCUGUUGACCCUGUCGAGGUUCCUCCACAACUGAUCUCUCCCCUUCGGUGUCGUCGACCGGCACUCCAGCACAUGGAACUCAUCACGGGCCAUUGAGCGGCACUUUCUGCUGCAGUAGAGCUCAGACGAGAGGCAUUGCGGGCAAAGAAUCAGCCGCCUGCCACCCAAGGGACGACAGCAGUAGCUGCAAGAUAAUGGCGAUGAGCGUGGGGGCACGGCGAUCAUCGACGGCUCAGAGAACAGCUGUUCGCCGGCUGUGAUGUUGCGUGUUGCGACGAGUCCUCUGCCUGUGGCGGGCGAGUAUGUUGGCCCCAGGGGAGCGGCGAGUGGCGAGAGGGCGCGACGCUGGUGCGCGGACAGGUGAAAGACGUCGAUGACCAUCGAAGGAUCUGAUCAGCCCUUCCCUGAACAAAGGGCAAGAUGCAAUCAAGUGCAGCGAUUCUUGUACCUACCGUCUAUCUGUGGCCGGCCAAGGUCCUUCUUACCUUCAUCUGUCGUACAUGGCCCUUUGUCAUGCAGCGCCACCACAGCCAGGCAAAAGAUCUUCAAUGAAUGCAUUGAGAUGGCUGACUUUGUUGAUUCAUUCAGCGGCUCCGGCAGCGGCAAAUUGGCUGGUUGGUUGUUGCGUUCGCCCC